AUGCACCUGACCACUGCAACGCGUCCGGACAUUGCGUUUGCUGUGGGCUAUGUGUCGCGGUUCAUGGAAAAUCCCCAAGAAGAACACUGGGUUGCAGUUAAGCGUAUCUUUCGCUACCUACAAGGCACCAAGACGCAUGGAAUUUGCUACAAGCCAAGUGCAAGGAUCGACUUCCGUGGAUAUUCGGAUGCGGAUUGGGCUGGUGAUCUUACCGACCGCAAGUCAACAUCGGGGUACACGUUCAUGCUACUGGGUGCGCCAGUCAGUUGGGGCAGCAAGAAGCAGCCAAGUGUUUCGUUGUCCACGAGUGAAGCCGAAUACAUCGCACUCAGCUUGGCGAUUCAAGAGGGCAAGUGGAUUCAUCGUCUGCUUUGUGAGAUCGUGAUGGCUGCCAAUGAAGAAGGACCGGAACUCAUGAUCCAUGAAGACAAUCAGUCGUGUAUCAAGAUGACGAAGAACCCAGUCAACCACGGCCGUGCCAAGCACAUUGAUAUCAAGUACCAUCACAUCCGUGAUGAGGUCAAGCGCGGUGAAGUGAAGCUCAAGUACUGUGAAACUGCGGUGAUGUUAGCGGACAUCAUGACGAAGGGACUUCACGGGCCACGCCACAAGGAGAUGACGGCGACUCUCGGGAUUCGUGAGCAUUCGGAUUGA